CUUUUUCUCGAAACCCUUCCCUCGUUGUUGAAUUCGACGUAUUUGUCAAGUCCGAAUAGAAGUGAAGAGUCUGUAUUUCAAUGGGACAAAAAAACAUGUAUGGCUCUUUGCCGCCAUCGGCUCCGGAUGAAGUAUUGGUGGCGCCUGUGUCCGACGAGCUAGAUGAAAUGUCGGUGGGUUGCACCAGUUGGCAGCUGCUCUCGGUCUCGUUACAUCGGGCAGUCGCACUAGGCUUCGGCAUUGCCGUCUCCGGUGGUCGCGACAAUCCACAUUUCACCUCUGGUGAUCCGGCUGUGGUGAUAUCCGACGUAGUGCCAAACGGACCUGCCUGGGGACUGCUUCAAGUGAACGACCGUAUUCUCUCUGCGAACGGCGUCUCAUUCGAAAGCAUCGACUAUUCAAGCGCUGUCGAUAUUAUCAAAAACGCUGAGCACAUCAAUAUGAUUGUAAAGCGACGCGUUGCAAUGCCUAUUAUGGAAUUUGAACAGCGGACACUAAAAUUUACGCUAUCUAAAUCAAGAAAAAAAGAUGAUUUUGGCAUCGUCUUAGGCUGCAAAUUUUAUAUCAAAGAGAUUAGGAAUCCAAAACUAGCAGAAAAGGAUCCUGGAUUGCGUGAGGGUGACUCAGUUCUACGAAUAAACGGCCAAAGUGUUGAUGGUUCGACCUUGGAAGAAGUAAAUAAGUGGCUGGAAAGAUCUCGAGACAAACUUUGCCUUGUCAUUCAACGUGAUGUUCGUCGAGGCACGAGCAGGUGGCCAAGUCAGAAUACCGUUUAUGAACGAGUAGGAUCCGUGUCUGCUACCCCACGACAUAGUCCCAGCCCAAUGCAAGCACACCAACCACUUUCGCAGAGAUCUUCACAUGAGUACAUAAAUUCUCCUCGAUGGCGAGACGGCAGCCUUGUGGACGAACGGAGAGUAUCAAGUCCGGCAAUAUCCGGACCUUUCUCUGCAAAUAUGCAUGCUGCCCAAGUUAUGCAACCCACACAAUUUCCCAUGCCGAUCGGCGAGUACGAGUACUACAGUAGACAGAAACCAAAACCAGAUCAGAAUGGUGUUCGAACAGUGACAUUUAGAAAGGUUGGCGGAAGUGUUGGCAUUCGAGUGAUUGGAGGUAACGAAGUUGGUAUCUUCGUGUCAGCAGUAGCAGCCGAUUCUCCAGCUGCACUGCAUGGAGUUUGCUGUGGAGAUCGUAUUGUGGAGGUUAACGGUCGACCCAUGCGAGGUGUGACGCGUGAGUCAGCUGUCCAAUUGCUUCUUGCUCUCGAUGAUCAUGUUUCGUUGCGACUGGAGCAUGCUCGUCAGGAUUUUGAGCAUGUGAGGAAUAGCCAGCUUGGAGACAACUUCUAUAUCAGGUCUCACUUCACUAAAGAGAAGAAAUCGAGCCCAUUAGAGCUUUCGGUGAGCGAUGGGGACAUAUUUCAUGUGACCGAUACGUUGUUCGGUGGUACGGUAGGGCUUUGGCAAGCUGCCAGAGUGUAUUCGGCAAAUGCUAAUAAGGGAGAACCACCGAAGGGAGUGAUACCGAAUCAGUCGACAGCUGAGUCUAUAGCUCGCGAACAGCGACGAUUAUGUGAGACAAAAGGACGAGGAACUUUGUUGAGACGGAAACUCGAAUCCCGACGGACAAAAUCGUUGCCGAAAAACGUGCUAGCUGACCCUGCUGAGCUGUCAUCGAGUGCUCCACCACCUGCGUAUGAGCGAGUCGCCUUGAAUACACCCAGUUUCCACAGACCUGUGGUACUGUUUGGACCCCUUGCCGAUGUUGCUCGAUCUUACCUGCUCAGUCAGUUCCCUACCCGAUUUGCUGAGCCGUCACCCAGCGAUUACUGUGGCGGUGGAGGUGCUAGUGGUGGAGCUGGUGGCGGAGUGAUUAGACUUGCAGCGCUGGAUAGUGUUAUUGCGUCUGGAAAGCACUGUGUGUUGGACAUAAGCCUGGAAUCGGUCGAGAGGUUGCAGCUAGCACAGUAUGCUCCGAUUGUGGUUUUGAUAGAUGUUGAUGGACGAUCACGAAUUCGGGAUAUCCGAAAGAAGCUGAAUGCACCUCAUAUCUCUUCCCGAAAGCUUGCGGAACAAGCUGCUCAGAUCAAAAAGCAUCAUGCACAUCUUCUUUCGGCCACCGUGGACGCGACAAAUGAGGAGGCUUGGUUUGAUGCGCUUCGUGACUUGGUUAUCCAUCUCCAGCAAAGGCGGUUGUGGAUGCCGGAGUUCCCACCAAAUCUACCUCUUGAAGAUGUCUUGUUGUUUCCACUGUCCUCAAAGGGUGUGAAUUAUGAUUCCGAUAUGGAAUCAUCGAAAGGAGACUAUGCUGAUUACUCAAUACGCAGGGAUGACAGCAUGUCAAGAGCUCCGAAUCCGAUGGCCAGAUCAAUCUACGACUGGGACAACACCCAAUCGAUCACGUCGUCAAUCGACUCACCACAUCCAAGUGAGCCAUCCCGUCCUGCUCCCACUCUCGGUUGGGUAACCCUGCCUCGACGCGGCGGUGCCGAGCGCCCCGCCGUCGAUGCACCGGCUAAACCGCAUCGUGGCAUGACCACCAAUCCCGAUGUUCCUCUUCCCACUAACCCGGAAAAGCGUGGCUCGUUACCGCUACCAGCUAACAAUGGUGGACUAUCGGCUCGUACAUCUAGUAAUGAUGAGCAGCCUGUUUCGCCCAAGAAGGAACCGCCAACUCAAGUGACGAACGGGCAUGAGCCACCAAAUGGUCGUCAGCCAAGCUCACCAGGCUACUAUCACGUGAAGCAGUUAUUGAACGACGAUUCACUAUAUCAUGACGCUCGCUUGGCAAAUGAGAUCGCAAAUGUACGAUUGCGUGAAGAAGCGAGAUUAAGGGAUGACAGGAUACGAGGUGAACAACGAAUGCAGGAGAGACCUCAGAUACCACUGCAACCACCGAAUCCUGAUAUGUAUGCUCCACGAGAAGAGAAGCCACAACAACCGCAGAUGUCUCCUUACGGUAAUCAACAGCCAGACGGUGGAACACCGACUCGUUUUCCUCGAGGGUCUUCACAACCCGUCACUCGACCUGCGGUUGCUCCGAAACCGCAGUUGUACACUGAUGGAGUUAUACGAAAUCGUUGGGACAGCGCUACACCAGAACCAAUAUCACGCAACAUAGAUUCGCCAAGUAUGCUUUCGAAUAGCUCGGCCGUAGUACCUCCUCCUCGUUCGCGCGACCUCCAACGACCGAGUGGCUCGAAUGGGCUCAGUAAUGGAAGUUCGUCUACUAGCAGUAAUGGAAAUGGUCAACAGCCAGCUCUGGACAGAAACGGAUUUAGCCCACGGAAGGAAGACGGAACAAGUCAUGAUGGUCAGGAGUCUGGAACUAAUGCGGCAAAUGCCGAGGAACCAACAAUAGUAGAAGAAACCAAUGCAAUGAUCGGUAGUGAAGGUGGUGUGUUGAAUUGUCCUGUAUCUGGUGUCGAGCUACGGAUACCAAAGGGAGCAAUCCCGGCUGGUGAAAAGCAUGAAAUUUAUGUGAAGGUGUGCCGAGACGGCGAUUCACCUCCUAUAGACAAGUCAAAGGGAGAAACUCUGUUGUCUCCAUUGGUCAUGUGCGGCCCUCAGGGUUUAACGUUCCUCACCCCUUGCGAACUUCGACUACCUCAUUGUGGACCUGUAGAUGCCGAUGGGCAAUGGUCCUUCUCAUUGAAAGCCGGCGAAGGCGGUGAUUGGCAACAGAUGGACGUUCAACCUCAGAAAACUGCCGAUUCGAGUGAAAAGCAAUUUCUCUCCGUCAUGAUUACGCACUUCUAACUAUUAGCCUCCCCCAUAAAAACCUCCUACCCUCAUUUCUUGCCCCUUAGGUUACGUUUUAUCUACUUGUUCACUGUAUGCGGGUCAAUAGUGCUAUUUUCUAACCUUUUGCAUUUUACUGCUUUUUGUGACUAUUCAAAAUUCUUCUGCUUGUAUAUUGACUCUCCAAUAACUCUGCGCCACCAAUACCACUGCCUUUGCAUUAGGUUUCUAGUCUUCCGGUACUCCUGCAUAAUUAUUUUACUGGCCCUGUAAUAAUUUUGUUGGAUAUGCUGAUCGGUUAUCGAUUGAUUACCGCUUGUUAAGUCAUACUGUCUCUCUGCCUUAUUUUCUCACACUGCUUGAGUUUUACGCCUUCUUUUUAUGCUUUACUGCUGGCCACUACUACUUUCGAAUAUAUUUUUGGUUAUCUCUGUAGAUUACAAAUCUCAAUAUGUCGGUAUAAUAAGAGUGCUAAGUACUGAGUAAUAAUAUUUUUUGCAGCCUAAAUAUUAUUUCUGCAAGGCCUUAUGCUUCGCGCUCAACCCCCAAGUACUCUUGAAUGGUGCUGUGAUUUCACGCUCUCAGCUCUGAUUUGUAUUGUAAAACCCCUAUUUUCAAGAGGCAAUAGGUGUUGUGUUCUGUACACCAGCGCUUCACCGUCCCCCGUUUGUAAAUGUCCGCUGUUCUGAUCUUCACUGAUUUAACCGUUCAUAAUAUAUGUUGUCAGCGUAAUUUGAUAGGUUUGUACUUGAUAUAGAGAGAAUAAAACUUUAUUGCUGU